ACAACAAGCCGUCCGGCGUUCUCUCCUUAUUUUUCUCCUUUAUAAAACUCCACCGGUGGCUCUCCCCAUUCCCCUCACAAACCAAGCUCUCACCAACCAGCACACGCACGAGAAGCCGCUGCCACCACCACCGCCACCGCCCACCGGCGCCGCCAUCGACAUGGCGGGGUGGACGAGGGGACCUACCAUAGGCAGGGGCACCUCCGCCGCCGUAUCCCUUGCCACUCUCAAUGGCUCUGGUGCCGUCCUCGCCGUCAAGUCUGCGGAGCUUGCUAACUCCGCGCUGCUGAGACGAGAAUACUCCAUUCUCUCCUCCCUCUCUUCUCCCCACAUUGCCCGGUGCCUCGGUGCUGACGUCACCUGCGAGGGCGGUGGCCGGUUCUAUAACAUCUUGAUGGAGUACUUCCCUGGCGGGACGCUCUGCGACGAGAUCAGGCGGCAGGGCGGCCGGCUUUCUGAGCCGGAGAUCAGGCGGCAUGUGUCGGCGGUGCUUCGGGGGCUGUGUUACCUCCAUGGGAUUGGCGUCGUGCACCGCGACGUCAAGGGGAGCAACCUGUUGAUGGGGAGCGACGGCGAUGUGCGAAUCGGCGAUCUCGGGAGCGCGGCAAUGGUGGACGGCGACGGGGCAACGGGGGGAUUUGCGGGUACUCCGCUGUUCAUGGCGCCGGAGGUGGCCAGGGGGGCGGUGCACGGGUGUGCGGCCGACGUAUGGGCGCUCGGCUGCACGGUAGUGGAGAUGGCAACGGGGCGGCCACCGUGGUCGGACAUUGCCGACCCGGUUUCGGCGCUUUACCGGAUUGGGUGCACGGACAUGGUGCCGCAAAUGCCUGAAAACUUGUCCGAGCAAGGUAAGGAUUUCCUCAGCAGGUGCUUUCGCCGGAAUCCGGCGGAAAGACCAACAGCAGAGCAGCUCCUGCAGCACCCUUUCGUCGGCAAAUUCGAAGGCGUGGCCGUCAAGAGCGCACCCUUCUCGGACUCUCCAAAGAGUAUUCUGGAUCACGAUCUCUGGAAUUCAGUUGGAACUGAGAGAUCACAAACGGAAAUUGCGAGCUCUGCCGCAAUUCCUGCCCCUGCUGCUGAGAGGCUCAGAGCUCUGUUUUCUCCGACAGAGCGGCGGCCAAUUUGGUCACUGGGGGAGAGUUGGGUGCGCGUAAGAACAAACACGCCGGAGAAUUUUCCGGUGCCGAAUCGAAAUGCUGGUGGGGAGUCCUCGGAAGCACUGCCCAUUGCUUCAACUUCGAGGAGGGAAGUCAAUCAAGACUUAGUUGAAGAAAGCAGUUCAGUAACUCCUAACUAUGUUGAUACGAGCAGUUUGGUAACUCUCAAUCAUGUUGAGGGAGAAAAUAAUGAUCAGUUUAUUAGCAGUAAGAGUAAUAGCACCAUUGAUUCCAUUAACAAUGUAAGUUCUGUAGAUGAUCAAUUUCAACAAAAUUUAGUUCAACUUUCGUGUACGUGUGCGUUUGUGAGAGAGUGUGUAUAUAUGUAUAUAUAUAUUGCAAAAGUAUCUUCUCCAAUCAGCAAAAAUCUUCUCAGGCGCUGCACUCUGCAUUGAGAUGUCGCCAUCAAUUUAGGAAACUCGAGAGCCAUGUGACCAUGUUCGCCCCAAUCUCGGCCUAAAACUCGACAUCUGUAUCGACCAAGCAAGUGCCAUUGAAGAUGAACCAUGCACUGUCGCCGCUAGUUAGCAUACUUUUGGGAAAGAUUGCUGAUAUUUUGGGUUUUGUUAUCAAGAUCUUUUCCUUCUUUUGCCUGUCGGAGGAUACUUUAACGAUCCUGUAUCAUGAAGAAGAUGAUCC